AUGUAUCACGGCACCAACAGGGCAAACGUUGCAUCCAUCAUGGCCUCAGGGUUUCACCGGUCUGAUGACGGGUUGCUUGGCUCAGGCGUCUACCUCAGCAGCGAUCUGAAGAAAGCGUGCUACUAUCCCAAUGGUCACCCUGAGUAUGACAAAGUUGUCAUCAAGGUCUUGGUUGACGUGGGGAGAGUGAUCACCAUCAGCGAUAUGGACCACCCACGUCGGAAGACCUGGCAGGACCCCAAAUACGGUGAAGUGUUCGACACUGCCUGGAUACCUCCAGGGUGUGGAUUGGUGAGGGAGGUGGAUUGUGUCCGGGAUCCCAAUCAAAUCAUGAUCCUUGAUAUAAUUCAUCCACAACCAGUCCCACCUGGAUACAUGGACCUGGUCAUGGAUAUAGACAUGGACCUGGUCAUGGAUAUGGACAUGGACCUGGAUAUAGACAUGGACCUGGAUAUGGACAUGGACAUGGACCUGCAUCUCGACAUAGAUAUGGACAUGGACCUAAACAUAGUCAUGGAUAUGGACAUGGACCUGGACAUAGUCAUGGAUAUGGACAUGGACCUGGACAUAGUCAUGGAUAUGGACCUGGUUAUGGACAUGGACAUGGACCUGCUCAUGGUCAUGGAUAUGGACCUGGACCUGGAUAUGGACCUGGUUAUAGACCUAGACCUAGACAUGGACAUGGUCAUGGUCAUGGAUAUGGACAUAGAUCUAGACCUAGACCUAGACCUGGACAUGGACAUGGUCAUGGAUAUGGACAUGGAUAUGGACAUAGACCUAGACCUAGACAUGGUCAUGGAUAUGGACCUGAAUAUGGACAUGGUCAUGAUCAUGGUCAUGGUCAUGGUCAUGACCAACAUGUACCAGCAACAGCAGUUCCAGUGGGCUGAAGAUAACUUUACUCUGCCCAUGGGAGUAGGUCGACUGGGCCUCUCAGAGCCAGUUGAAUGUCAACAGUACGUCAUGUAUCACGGCACCAACAGGGCAAACAUUGCAUCCAUCCUGACCUAUGGUUUUCACCAGUCUAAAGACGGGAUGCCUAGCCCAGGCAUCUACCUCAGCAGUGAUCUGAAGAAAGCGCGCUACUAUCCCAAUGGUCACCCUGAGUAUGACAAAGUCGUCUUUAGGGUCUUGAUUGACGUGUGGAGAGAAAAACAUAACUGGGGAAGCCUGGAAAGUCCCUGGAGUCCCCCCCUUAGAUUCAAGGCCCUAAAACCUCUGAAAACAGAACAUGGCACUGCUGUGGUGACCACACCCAUUAACAUUGAGAUCAACAUGUACCGUGCACAGUUCCAGUGGGCUGAAGAUGACUUCGACCUGCCUGAGGGAGUAAGUCGACUGGGCCUCUCGGCACCAAUUGAUGGUAAAAAGUACGUCAUGUACCACGGCACCACCAAAGAAAGUGCUGAAGCCAUCAUGCGCUCAGGUUUUCACCAGUCAUCAGGCGGGAUGCUCGGCCCAGGCGUCUACCUCAGCAGAGAUCUGAAUAAAGCUAGCCGCUAUCCCAUUGAUCACCCUGAGCAUGACAAAGUCGUCAUUAAAGUCUCGGUCAAUGUAGGGAAAGUGAUCGCCAUCAAUUAUCAGGGCCACCCACGUCAGAAGACCUGGCAUGACUAUGGAUACGACACCGCCUGGGUACCUCCCAACUGUGGAAUGGUGAAAAGCGGUUUGGAGGAGGAUUGUGUCUGGGAUCCCAAUCGAGUUAAAAUCAUUAUGAUACUGAGACCAACAUAUGACUUCGACCUGCCUGAGGGAGUAGGCCGACUGGGCCUCUCGGCACCAAUUGAUGGUAAAAAGUAUGUCAUGUACCACGGCACCACCAAAGAAAGUGCUGAAGCCAUCAUGCGCUCAGGUUUUCACCAGUCUUCAGGCGGGAUGCUCGGCCCAGGCGUCUACCUCAGCAGAGAUCUGAAUAAAGCUAGCCGCUAUCCCCUCAAACACCCUGAGCAUGACAGAGUCGUCAUUAAAGUCUCGGUCAAUGUGGGGAAAGUGAUCCGCAUCAAUUAUCAGGGCCACCCACGUCAGAAGACCUGGCAGGACUCCAGAUACGGCCCGGUGUUCGACACCGCCUGGGUACCUCCUAAAUGUGGAAUGGUGCCAAGCGGUUUGGAGGAGGAUUGUGUCUGGGAUCCCAAUCGAAUCAAAAUCCUUAGUAAGAUCAAACCACGACCAGCCCAAUCUGGAUAUGGUGCACAGGGCUACAUGUGAGCUCUACAAGCUGUUACUAAAUCCAUUUAUUUUGUAUGUUGAAAUAUAUUUUUAUAUAUUUGUAUAAAAAGGAAAUUACAUCUGCAUUUUU